AAAGUGAAUAAAAUGACCGACCUGGCGUCCAUGUCUCUGGUUAAAAGAGACAAAUUAAGAAAAGAGGCCCGAAAAAAAAGAUUGAUUGAAAUGCGAGCUAAUCUUCCCGUAUUAACUAUAAACGAAAUUCGCAGGAAUCGCAUUCCUUUACAUGAAGCUUUAAUAUCAGAGUUAAACGAAGACGGUUAUAUCAGCUCAGCACAUUUCAUUUCCCAAUUGAUCACUUACCAAAAACAACAGGUCGAGAUCCACGGCGAAGAUUCUAAAAUUGGAUUAAGACCUAAACUUAUUAACUUCCCCGAAUAUCUUCAGAAAUUGUACGAUACCUUCAAAGAAGCUGAAAUAGCUCAUUAUGAAGGAGACACCACAAGGGAAUAUGACAUAGUGCUAGAAACUGCAAUAUUUUUUGCAUAUGGACCCGAAGAUUGGUGGUGGUUGGGGGAACAAUUAUUACUGCAGUGUAUAAAUAUCAUCUAUCGAAACACUGAAGAUGGUGGUAGAAGGGACGCGACUUGUCAAUAUCUCGUUGGAAGAUUCUUAUUAUUGCACAAUGAGGAAGUGGAACAAAGUAUGCCGUAUUUAGAUGCUGCAAGAGUUCAGUCCAAGAAUACCUUUUGGAGCGCCAAAAAAGUGUUACAAAACACGACAGUCGACUGUUCCAAUGAAGAAACGAUAUUUUUUGAAAGUUGCAAAUUACUUUAUAAAGCAUUAAUGAUUACUGCCGAAAGUACCAGAAAAACGGAUCCUGAAUAUUCUGCUCAAUUGUGUUCAAUAGCCCGAAAGAGGGCAAACGAGGCUUGUUUUUACGCUGGAGAGGCAGAAGCCUAUAUGCUACAGGGUCACUGUGAAUUUGAGUGUAUGAAGUAUGAAGCUGCCAUACUAUCUUUUAAUAACUCUUUAAGAAAACAAAUAAAAGCCGAAUCUCCAGAGGGAAUUUGUAAAGUACGAAUACUAAUCCAAAAGGCUUACACCAAAAUAGGCAAAUACGAAAACGCUUUUGAAUGUUUGCGAAUAUUGCUAGAAUACGCAAAAGCAAACAAAUUGGCCUAUUAUAUUGGAUUGGCGUACAGGUAUAUUGGAGAAUAUUAUCUACAUCAAGGCAGGGCAUGUGUAGCCACCCCAAAUUUACUUAAGUCUUUGAAUAUUCUUCAUAACAUAGAUGCACUGACCGACGUUGAACAGGUUCGAAAUUUUGCAGCAAUUUCUGCAGGGCAAGAAUUAAUGACUAACUACGUCAGACUGAUAAUAAAUGUUGGUCAGGAAACGCGUUGCAAAGGAAAGUACAUUUAUAAAGCAUUAGGAUGGAAAGAUACUCGUGAACAAUUCUGGAGUGACGACGAACUUUCGGUUUGCUCAUCUUAUUUAUUCGGAUCUAUCACGCCAUCUAGCGAACUGGAAGACGAAAUGGACUAUUCUAAUCUGGAAUAUGAUAUGCCAGAAGAAGAAACCGCAGAAAUAGACUAUUAUCUUGACGUUUAAAAUUCAGCUCAAAUUAAAUGAAAUGAAAUUUAUUUUUCUAUUGCAAAAUUUAAUACAUACAUGUACGACA